CUGCUUGUUUCGGAGGGCGACACUCCAGAGAUUACUCUGAGGAAGUGCCAACAGCCAGCGUUUCUUAAUCCGCUCUCGCCCGCCUCCGCCCCCUGCGCUGCUCUAGACACACACCCCAAUAUAGAAUGACAGCACAGUGCCACAGUUUAAAUGACGCUGCCUCUGUCUCUUUGGAAGGACAGGUCCUUCAGGAAGCACCAGGCACAACAACCGUCUACCCUUGCGAAAAACGUCUUCAUCAUGGCAUAUAAAGGAGCACAUUUGGCUUUCAAGUCACGCUGGCACAAAACAGAUGAAGAACUCUGUCGCCACAGCAUGUCCUUUGACUUGCAUAAGGCAAUCCAGAAUGACUUCUUUCAGAGUUACCUUUAUCUGCUGGAAAAGCUUCCUCUGGUGAAACUUUACGCUUUAACAAGUCAAGUUAUCAAUGGGGAGAUGCAGUUCUACGCCAGGGCCAAACACUUCUACCAGGAGGUACCAGCCACAGAAGAGGGCAUGAUGGGAGACUACAUUGAGCUCUCCAAUAUAGACGUUGAAUCCUCCAGGGAAUUUCUCAGGAAGUUUGUUGGGGGGGUGGGGAAAGCCGGCACCAACCGCGCCCUGGACUGCGGCUCUGGGAUAGGUCGGAUCAGCAAGCAUGUCCUGCUACCAGUUUUCAAGAGCGUGGAACUGGUGGAUAUGAUGGAGAAUUUUCUGGCUGAGGUCCCGAACUACCUGCAGGGCAAGGAGGACAGAGUAGAGAUGUAUUAUUGCAAAAGCCUCCAGGAAUUCACUCCAGCCCCACAAAGAUAUGAUGUCAUCUGGAUUCAGUGGGUUUCAGGCUAUCUGACAGAUAAAGAUCUCCUGAAGUUUCUCAUCCGGUGCCAGAACGGCUUGAAGGAUAAUGGUGUUAUCAUUCUCAAGGACAAUGUAGCCAGGGAGGGCUGUAUCCUGGAUUGUCUGGAUAGUAGUGUGAUCCGAGACCUCAACAUCCUCCACAGCCUCAUUGAAAUGAGCGGACUCACCAUCCUACGAGAGGAGAGGCAGGAGGGAUUCCCUGAGCAGUGUGUCCCUGUCUGGAUGCUGGCCAUGCAGAAAAGCCCUGGCCAUUCCUGACUGCAUAAUGUGAUGGCAGAUACUGGACUAUGAAUGAACCACAGGACUGGGGAGGAGAAAGGGGAAGAAAAGCAUCUGCUGGAAUCCUACUAACCAUGUACUGCUACUACUGUUACUGUAGGGCAGGAUCAGGGGAGAAUUAAAAUUGAGCCAGCUUCUCCAGGGAAUAGUCUGCUUCUAAAUCCUGCCUGUUUCAUCAUACCCUCUGUUUUUAAAAGCCUUUCUAACAGCUCCUUGUGAGAUUUCUCUUUCAUUGAAGAGUCAAUGCUAUGACAAAACUCAACUAAUAGAAAAUAAUUAGGUCUGAAGUUUCUGUAGUGGCUAAUACAUUUUAGAGUGCUCUCUAUGAGGGGUUAAGAAAUAAGCCUGUUUUUUACUAUGGCACUUAAAUUUUCUUGGAAGUUAAGAAGGAUCUGUCAGAUCACUGAAGCAGGAUAUUCAUAAUAAUAACUGCUGGAAAACCUAACCCAACUUUUGACUGUCAUCACUAUCUGUACUUUAAAAAUAUUUAUAUCUAAAAUGUAAGGAAAGUUCUAUCCAUUCAUUGGCAUCAGCUAUGCAAAUUUUUAUUUUUUAUUUUUUUGCUUUUCAGUCAGUUAGGACAAUGAGACAACCUGGUAAUUUUUCUUUCCUUUCCUUUUUAAUGACUACUUUAUCUUCCUUCUGUUUCUGCAAUAGAACAAUAGUGGUGCAUAAGGGUUUUCACACUCCAGGGAAAAAUGUAGAUGACAUAUAUGCAUGUUUGCAUUGAAAUUUUUGAAAAGAUUGCCCCACAAUCCACUUUCUGGAAAAUAUUUUUUCAAAAUGUUCGCAGUGGAAACCACUUGAAAGCAUCUCUUUAUUAUUCAUACCACUGUAAAUUUCUUUCUUUCCCACAUUCAGAACAAGUCUGGCUCCAUAUGCAGAGCUAAUGGGAUUUCAUGGAGUGUUAAUAGUAAGACUGUAAGAAGAACUAAUACAGUAUUGUAUUAAUUAACAACUGUACGAAACUGCAGAGUGUGUUAGUGUAACCCAAAAGCAUCUAUGAUUUAUAUUCAAACAGCAGCUGUAUAAGCCUGGAUUUGACAAUACUAACACACAUACCAUCUCCUUAGGGCUCACAGAAAUUACACAUUGAGCUUCUUGUCCCCUUCAUAAAGGCACAGAUAGUGCUGUGGGAGGACAGAGUUCAUUUUGCAAAGAUUUUCAGAAUAUGAAAUUCUUCAAUAUGAAUGAGUACAAGAAGAGGCAAUUUUGAAAUUCUCUGGAAAGGAAAACCACACAACCACAGACCUUUCCAAACUGAUUAAAAUUUUUCAUUUGGACAAAAUCAAAUGUUUCUUUUGAGUUCAACUUUUAAAACAAUUUGCAUUUAAAAAGUUUGUUAUUAUAAAGCAGCAAAAAGUAAAUGAAAUAUGGCAUGUUCAAAAUUUUAGAAAGGAAACCUAAUAUUAGAAUGGACUGUUCUGACUCUGUCAGUAUUUUUUUCUUGUUUUAUUCCCUUGGAAUGUAGUUCUGGCAAAACUUACCAGACUUUUUAAAGAGUUGCUUUACGACAAACCUGCAUGUUCUAAUGGAAAGGGGUUCUAUAAAGCAUCCUCCACAUGACUGUAUGCACAAUUGUCUUUGUGAAAUAUUGUCAUCUGUGUUAGAUUAACUCACAUAGAAGCCUGAAGAUAACAAGAUCAGGGAACCUCUCAGCUGGAUUUUAGUACUGUUUGCUAUCCUUUGAUAACAAAUCUCCAGUUUUGUUUUAAUUGCAUAGCUCAUCUUCUCUAGCAAUAUGGUUGCAUAUGUUGAGAAUUUCCAAUUUAUGGCAUAGGGCUUCCUGCAGUCAAAUCUUAUCCAGUAAUUGUUCUCUUAAUGUGCCAUUACUAAUUGUAGCAUUAAGGAAAACAACCCUGGUGAUUUGUUGAAUAUUCUGGCGUGUCAUAUAACCUAGAAACCUAUGGUUCCCAUGACACAGAUGCUUCUGGAAUGUUUUGGCUAAUUUUUCCAUUCUAAUCAACUGGUAAUGGGCAUAAAUUUAGCAUAUAAUGUUAAAAACCCUAGGUGAAUACUUUGUUCUGGAAUUGUCCCCCAGACUAAGUGCUUCAAAUUCCCUUUAAGCCACUACAAUGCUUUCAUUCUACCGAAACUGCUAAAAGCUGAUGCAGUGAUUGGGUGAAUAUGUGCAGAAAUUUGAAGGAAAACCAGUCACUUGUUUUAUAGGAAAGAGGCAUCAGCCCUAUAGUUAGCAACACCGAUUAGCAAUAACAGACAAAUAUUUAAAGGAUCUAGAUACAGAUUACAAAUUAAUUUGUUCUUCACCAUUUUUAUUUCCUGCCAGAGACAUCUGCCAUGGUGCAGAGUACUUGGAGGCUGCUGGAGAACCUAAUACAAUCAUGUCUGUGCCAUGCAUAUCUGAAUGGUGUUGGUUGCUACAAUGGCAAGAGAACGGCAUUGUGGAAAUAGGGAGUGCAGGCAGUUUUGUCCUGUGUCCCCCAGCAGACUUCAUUCCCUACACAAAGGAGAGAAAUACCAUCUCACAAAAGAUGUUUGAGCACAUCAUUGCUGUGAUCUGAACCAGCCACGCAACAUCCAAGACAGGUCUCAAAGGAUUUGCAGUACAGAAAGGAGCGCAUGGUAAUCCUUACUGUAGAAGGGGAAGCAGUGGCCCAGAGCAUUGUAUCACUGAGUAGCCAAGUUGGGAACCACACCUGAAUCAAUUGUAUUUUUGGUCAAAGCAGCCACUUCCCUGCAAGUACAACAGGUAUGUUUUUCACAGGCUGGAUAUUGGUUUUCUUUGGCAUGCCAUUUGCUUUCUGUACACAAGGGAGCUGGGAAUGACAGAACAAGCAGUCCUCAGCCAGGGCCUCACUGCUGCUGAGGCAGAGCAGGGUCUGCAAGGAGAGUGUCUCAGUACGGGAGGACAGAAGUUCCAGCCAGGACAGCUGAGAUGCCCAUACCAAAGCAAUUACUGUACGGGAGAUGCUGACUGGCUGGAAGAACCUGUUCAUUCUGGAUCUGUAAUGGAGCCUGUGAGGAGCUCAGCUUCCUGGUGUGGAAGAAGGACAGUCAUAGAGUCUCGUUCAAAGGCCAGGACCCCCCUGUGCUUUGCCACGUCCCUAAAGAAUGUCCCAGAGAUUUCCAAUCCAACUGGCCAAUACUCUACCCAAGUCAAGAAUGGCUCACGAUCCCCUUCAGCAGAGGUCUGAGCUUCAGCCUGCUCGUGUCCUGGAGAAGACAUAAGGUGGCUUGUGUCAUGAACAGAUCUGCCUGGGGUCAAUUUCAGUCUGAGAAGAUGUCUUGAAGGACAGGAUCAUCACCCACUUGUGAGGGGGACCAGUGUGGCUGCUUAAAUUGUCUAUUCUAGUGUUUGCUUUGCAGACUCCAGGAUUCUGGCCAGCUGGAGCAGCGGAGGCUGCCAAGUCCCUCAGGUUGAUGGAGCCAGCAGGCUGCUCCACCUGACUGUCUGGAAGCAUUCUUUUGCUCUCUUGGGAGGUUCCCAGCGCGUCUCCAUUUCCUCUGAAAGAAGGUUCACCCAGGAUUGCCAGCAUCUAUAUCAGGUCUUCUUUCCAUGGGUGCUGAGGCUGCAAAACCCAGAGCCCCAUGGCCCUUCUUUGCACUGUUUUAGCCAUCUUCCAGCUGCACAAGGCCUGAAAAUUUCAAAAAAAUAGCUAAGUAGGCAGAUGAAAAGACACAGGCUCCUGGCUAGUGCUAUAGCUGCAAUAUAGGGAUAGAGAGGAUGAUCUCAGGAAUUCUUUGUAUCUCACAGCCUGAUGAGAACAGUAACAACCCAUGGUUUUCUGCUUUUCUAAAUGAGGAGAGCCUCUUUGUCAACAACUGAGAAGAUCCUGAAGAAUACAGGUUGUGCAAGGAGGUAACAAGGGGACAGCUGAAGUUUAUGUUGUUGUUAAGUUUAUAUGCUAAUCUCAGGAAUGAUAUGCUGAAAAUGUAAAUCCUUUGCAAAUGCUUAUGAAUCUCUGGUAUUUGGGUGCUCUGCAGCAGAGAUGCAAAAACACAAAAAAGUUUUUACCAGUUGAUCUCACCAUGUGGCUCUCAUCUAGUGCUCUGUUCUGUCUGAUUCUUGCCUGGGAUGGUGUUCAAAGCAAGUGGGAUUUUCAGAAGUGAUCCGUAUAGGGGAGAGUAAGAAAAUUCCUCUUUUCCCCUUCUGCCCCAUCUAAACAGCUUGCUCUAACUGCACCUCCCUUUCUGAGUGCCCUUCCCAAGUACAAAUGAAAGUUGUUUCUACACAACACUUUGAAACAGAGAUAAGGACUUGCACAUCAACAAUGCUGAUAGUUCUGUUAUCUAUCUGUAGUCAUGCCCUGCUGUUGUGCUGCCUAAUGGGUAGUGUGUUCCCUUCCUAUGUUUCAGUCUUGUUUUAGACCUCCAAGUCCUAUCCUACGUGUGUACACAGCAGUGAGGUACAGCCCCAGAAGUGGAGAGGAGAGCAGAGAAAGGAGGUGGAAAAAAGUGCCAGAAACAGGCCUAGGAAGUUCAGGGAAUGCAUGAGCAAUACCGUUAGUGUGUGCUUCUGAAAUGGGGUGAAAUGUAUAAUAUGUAGCAAAAAGCAGCUUUGCUGGUUCUGGCUGACUUGCACAGUAGGUCUCUUUUAUCCGCUUUUAAUGUGUGAGAUGUUCACCCUGCUGAGGAACUUCGUCACUUUUUGUUCAGCUCAGUGGAGCUUUUCACACAUAGAAAAGACAUGCAAUUCCAUGCGCUUUCUCUCUUCCUUAAUGCAGAGGUUCCCAAACCAUGGUGAAGAUCCCUGACAGCCUUCUUUAUGUCUUUUGGAGCCUUUACACUUUUAUUGUUCAGCUUUGAAUAGAGAGUCUUUGAGAAGAGUUAGUUCUCCAGACUAGCUACAAACUUUUAUAGCUUUACCAACCAUAAUGGGUCAAGGGCGAGGAGUCCUGUUUUGGCCAAGAAGGUGCUGAUUUCAAAUCAGAAUCUCAUUAUUUUCUCUUUGAUUUUUGAAAAACAAGGAGUUCUGCUGAAGAGCUGCAUGUAAAAAGGAGCUGAGGAUUAACGAAGAAGCAAAGAGGAGGUCUUUUUUUGCUUACGUGGAAAGGAAGAAAAAAUGAAGCAGCUGCUUGUGGAAACAUGGAAGGUCUCCAGUAUAAUGAAUAACAAGAAUAAUUUCAGCUAUAUUUUCAGAGAUCGGAACAGUGUUUAUAUGCAAAUAUUAUCUCAGAAGGUAGUGGAAAAAUCAGUUUUCCUAACAUUGGCUGGAAAACAGAAUUUGCAGUUCUGGAAGACUUACGAUUUCUAUAGGAACCAAAUGAGAUGAAGUAGAAAGACUUAACAGAGGUGAUUAAAAAGAGCUUAUUUUGUACUGAAAGCAAGCUUUCUACCUGAAGGACAUUAAUUACAUAGGGAGCAAAUGGCUUUCUAGCGAGUUUAAAGGUGUCAGCUGCCUUCAGGGGUUAAGCCACAACAAAACUAUGCCAGUAUCUGCCCCUUAGUAACUCUGUGUAAGAAAGCCUUAGAGAGCUGAGCUAGAGAGCAGAGCACUGUCUUGGAGGAACCGUAGAUGAUGCGUCUGAUCUGGUGUAAAUCAAGCUUACCCUACCUGAAUUUUGGGGUCCUGUUAAUACUGGAAUGCACACAAAAGAAACCUUACUUCAUAAAUCAAGAAAGAGCCUUCACUAUUUUCCCUUGUUUUGAACAAAGGUGGUGUGGGCAGAACACUUCAACCACACUGUCUGAUGUUUGGGAAUUUAAACAAUAGAAAGAAUUAAGGAUGUUAUCUUGCAUUAAGGAUUUGCCUAAUUUUGUGUUUUGUUUUGGUUAUUUUAGCAAUAAUAAGGUUGUGGUUACUGUACUCACCUUCCCAAAAAACAGAGCCAUCACAAACAAGCAAGCUCCUUCCUCUGCAGGGCUAUUUCCGUUUUAUUUUAUUUUAUUAGUGAGCUAAAGAAAAGCUUUGAUCUACUCUUCUGCUUGAUAUCUAAUGAGGCGUUUUCAUCAAACUCUGCUCCUGAUUGAACUCAUGUUAAUCUCAGCAAGAUUCACAUAGACAGAUGUUCUUGUGUUUCUGGGCAGUGGCAUGGGAUCUUGUAAUUCCACCUUGCUGGUACGAGCUCCGUGGACACCACUGCAGGGACAGAGACCUUUCUGUAGAAAAUUCAUUGCAGGUUUGGAGCGUAAGAGCAAGUACAUUUAGCCUGAAGCACAAUUAAUUAAUGCAUGAUUAAAUCUUACUUAUGUGUGUUGGUCCUUCUCCCACUGAAGCUGAUGGCAAAUCUCCCAUGGAGUUCAGCAAAGUGGGAUGGAAUCUAUACAGAAAUUGUUUUUCCCAGAACAACUUUGCAAUAACCAGUGGGUUUGCAAACUCCUCACUCUGACACAUUGAAACAAUUUAGGACUUUCAUUCCAUUUUGCUUUAAUUGGACUUACGCUGCAUCUAAGUCUUCCUAAGUGGGUUGCUCUGCCUAAAAUAUGUGCAGGCAUGUUUGCACUCUCUGAGGGAACGUGGUGGUUAAACUAGAAGGCGAGGUUAUGUUAGCAAGGAUAUUUUCUUUUUAUACUGCUUCCAAAGGCAACCCUGUUUUGGGCUCACCACUCUGGCUUGACCGCUCUGUGCCUCUCCAUCCCAAAUCAUGCUGGGAUUUGAUGAUAAAGCACAUCCUCUUUCCAGGAGCCAAGCCAACCCCUACAUCCUAACUCACUGGUGUUCUGGUACCUUAGGCACUUUGUGGUCAGAAGGCAGACUGCAAACGUGGGUAUUAGCCGUGGUGAUGCUGGAAUGUCCAAACCCUCUGUAGGAAGAGAAGUUUCUUAUAGAGCUGUUGUUGCCCAGUUGAUUGUCAGUUCCUUUGUUUUUAUGUUUCUCAGACUGUGUCAGCCGAGAUAGCUCUUAGCUGGAUCCCAGCACUUACACGGCCUGAUUUGGUUCACAUAUUCCGUAAAAGUUUUCCAUCUCUAACCAAGGAAUUUCAGAUCAGGGUAAAAAUGUGAGUAAAUCAGAGCUGGCAUCUGUCCCAGACAUAUCAAUUCCCUUAAUUCCCUUUUUCCUGUGGCUUUGGGACAAUCAAAAUAGGGAAUGUUUCCAUUGCUAUACCUUUAUGAAAGUACAAUAUGUGAAUGCUAUAUCCUGAGUGCAUCUAGUGUGUUUCCUUACUUUGGUCGUUACCAACUGCACAGCUUUCUCUGGCAAUUAUGUGAAACGGAGCACUGCAAUAGAGUAAAUCUUUUGGCAGGGCUUGGCUCCAGGGAAGAUCAAAACCUCCAACGUGACAGUUAAUGAAACAAGGAGAAAGAAGAGGGAAACUAUCAGUCCCAGCCAGCCAACACUAACAGAGUCCGAAGGCAGCUGGCGGUGCCAAGGUGUCUGCUUGCAAGGUUGGGAGAGAGUUGGGGGGGCUGUACAGAGGGCUGCACCAAGGCAGGUUUUGUUCCACUUCAGGUGACUGAGGAGCAGUGGAGACAAGUCAUCCUGUCCAAGGAUGGUUGGGUGCAGGUGUUGAUUGCAUACUGUCUUUUUUUUAAGAGACAGAACAAACCGGCAUUAUUCUGCAUCCCUUGGGCAAUGGUACUUUGUCCUGGAGCUGACCUGGCUGGAGUACACGGGAGCAUGGCAUGGAUCCAGGGAUAUAGUCUGAGUGCACAGGUAUUGCAAGGACAGCACGAAGCGAGCAACACAGAGCACCUGGAGAGACGACCAGUGCCCUUCAGUGGGCAGCCUAAAGGAGUUAAAGACAAAAUGUGGCAGUCUGCUGCACCACCAGCCAUAAAGCGGAGCAGAGAGCAAGGGCCUCCUGUAACGAGCCUUUUUAUCUCUAUAGCAAUGUUUUGCAGGCUGUGAUCCAUGGGCCUUCGGUGGUCCAUAAAACAUCCAGUGGUGGCUCAUGAAACAAUAGUGAACCCUCUCUUCUCCCCUCCAGUGGCCACAGAAACAAGCACACAAGUUAAAUGGGAGAAAAUAAAAGCUACUAUAGAUUAACUUUCAAAUUGUAGUCUUUUGUUUAUUUGAAUUACUAUGUUAAAAAUAUACAAGUUGGUCUUUGGAUUUUUUUUUUCUGAAAAAAGGUUAAUCCUUGGACUUGAGAAGAUUAAGAAAUGUGGCUCUGAGGGUGCUAUUUUUGGAGCCAAUUACAACAGCAUUGAAAUGUUGAAAGAUUCCUUUUGUUUGUUGAAAGAUUAGGCUGAAGCCCUUCAGUCUAUAAAAGAAUAAUAAACCCUAGUGGGAUAAAAUCCUUCACUGCAG